CGUCCAUCCCAAGGGUCCUAUAUUCGUGUAAGCUGGCCAGAUGAAGGAACCAGUGUGCCUUGAAAUUCGGAAGGUCCAACUAAUCCAAUUGAGGGCCAGUCAGCAUGCAUACAAUUUGGUCGUUGUUUGGGACUCAUAUAGCGUUCUCUCGUCCGUGCUCCUGGCCGUCGAAGGGGGAGCGUAAGAGACUGAUCGAGGAUUGCGUUCAGGUGCCUCUGGUCUCCCUAGACCGUGUUACGUGGGAUACAGUGCGAGCACAUGGCAAAACUCCGUCCACCAGGCUUCUGAGAUCCAUCGGGGGCAAGAAUCAGUCCACUUUCCCGACAACCCAAUUCCACUCUUCCUAACUGCCGCAUCCGUCAGAGACGGAAGCCGGUAUAUGGGCAUGCCGAGCUUAUUGGCCGAACCAGAGCAUGCAAGAAGCCUUUUCGUUUGGGAACGGAGCAAGGAAGAUUCCAAGCUCCCGUCUUCUCGCCAUAUGGACGGAAAAAAUCAGGCCACUUUCCCGACUCUCCUCCGUGCCCCUUCCUGCGGAAGUAGAUCUCCAGAUAGGCGGCUGAUUAGGCUAUCUACUUGUAUACAGCGUCUAGAAAAUUCUCCGCAUUUCAUUUCCGACUCCGAAAACAGCACUGUGGUAACGAUGGAUGUCCUAUUACGCCACGUUGUUGAUAUCAUCAGCUCUUCUCACUCCUCUUGGACCGGCAGGGAGUACAUUGACUACGAUGUCCGUUGCCGAUUGUGUGCUCAUGGGCUGCUCCGGGCACGACAAAAUGAGCGCCUCAGUCGUCAUACUCAAUGUAUUGCGGGUCUUCCCGUGCCCAAUAUGUUGCCCACUGCAUGGAAUCUACUGCCUUCUCAGUUUACCAUAAUGGAUAUAUUUAAAUGGCUUGAUGGUUCUUGGUCUUCAACUACCAGUCUGCUGCAGCCCAACCCUUCUGAUGACACGGAUCCUCUCCCAUGCAAUGGAUCUUCUCCCAUGCAAUGGAUCUUCUCCCAUGCAACGCCGCACCCGCUGGAGCCCGUGCGCCUCCCGAGGGUCCUCUUGUAUGUGGGUACAGCCUUGGUACGUCUUGGUAUGCGAGAUGGGACAGGUUGGCGAUCCGCGACUUUCCAGGUCUUCCGGUCUUCUCCAGUGUUCCUUCCGACUGAUUCACUUUGAGGCAGAUACAGUCUAUGGCUACCCUCAAGGCCAUUCCAUGCCCUCCCCCUUCUACAGUAGCCAUCUUUGCGUGGGAAGAUACACGCCUUCCUACUGCAUACACCUUCCUACCGGUUAUCGUGGAGAGAAGGACUGCAUGCCAAACCUCCGUCACGUAUAUCACAAUAUCACACAG